CCCAGGACUGUGCGGGAAUUUGACAAACCAUGCUGUUGUUUGUGUUCAUUCUAUGCAUUGCUGGUGAACGUUUUACUCUGGGAGUAUUUUGCAUGCCAGUGAUGGACCAGGGGCCACAUGUCACCCAUGGCUGGGGCCAGGUGGUCCGGCUCCUGCAUCUGUAUGCAGCCAAACCAGGGCUGCACCUACUGAUAAGUGAGGAUGGACAAAUCCACGGUUCUGCAGAUCAAACUCUUUACAGCCUGCUGGAGAUCCAACCUGUUGGCCCCGGACGUGUUGUGAUCAGAGGAGUGGCAACCAAACGCUUUCUCUGCAUGGAGAGCGAUGGCAGAUUGUACUCAACUCAAACAUACAGCAGAGCUGAUUGCACCUUCAGAGAACAGAUCCAGGCAGACGGCUACAACGUCUACACCUCUGAUGGACACGGGGCCCUCCUCAGUUUGGGAAACAACCAGCAAAGACACAGCGGCUCAGACCGUGGUGUUCCAGCUCUGGCCCGCUUUCUUCCCAGGUUGAACACCCUUCAGCAGGCCGUCCCCACAGAGCCAGAUGUUCCUGAUCAGCUCAGUCCAGAGAAAGUACAAGAGACUGUGGACAUGAUGGGCUCCUUUGGCAAGCUGUCUCAUAUAAUUCACAGUCCUAGCUUCCAUAAGAGAUGAAGCGGCCGGUCUGAAACAGCUGUGAAGGGAUGUGCCCAUGGACACCCAAGCGCUACCUCCUGCAUGCUGUAAACUCAUGGACAGACAGGAGUUGCAACUGGUCAGCACGUAGAAAUGUUGGUGGCAUGGUUGUCCAGCCGGAGAUGCAGAGAGGCAUGCUGAGUGGAGCCUGACCCCUGGAGGCACUUCAACCCUCCAUCCUGCAUUUACACCCACUCAACAAACUUGAGAGGUAUUCUCAGUUUUCCAUUCUUCCAAAAGCUUUUUCCACAUGAAGAAGUAUGUUUGCUUUGAAACAGUGACUAAAGUGUACUGAUAAACCGCUGUGUUAGUGAACGGCUGGCAAAGGAAAAAACUUGCACAACAUUCAUCAGGUAG